UCCAUGUGGUUCGAGCAGUGUUGAUCCCAGCGACUUAUGUUUAGGUGUUUUGUAGUGAAAACUGGUGUCAAGUUUGUAACGUGUACAGAGUCCCGAACUCUGUAGUGUUCUUAGCCCUUAUGAGCAAGGCCCGCAAUGGCUAGCAAUAACGGAAAGAGCCCUUCUACGAGCAAUGAAACCAUCUUCGUGUGUUGCUUCGAUGGCUGUUCUGCAAGUUUUCCGAACGGGAAGAAACUCAAAUGGCACAUGCGUGUACACGACGGUGAACGGCCCUUCGAGUGCACAUACACAGGCUGCAACAAGAAGUACACGAGGCAGUUUCACCUGACGCGACACAUCAAGAAAUCGCAUGAAAGCAACAAGGACCAAGUAAAAUCUUUCAAAUGUGUACGUGACAACUGCGUCAAGUCGUUCUCUUGUGAAAACGCAUUGUACAAGCACAUGAAGUAUUCUCACGAGAAGCGCAAGUUCCAGUGUGAACACUGUCCAAAGGCAUUCAUAAAACAUCAGCACCUCAAAGUGCACAGCUUUGAACACACCAAGGUGUUGCCCUAUCCAUGCCCAGAACCAGGAUGUGACAAGGCUUUCUUGCUGCCAAGCAAGCUCAGAGCACACCAAAAUACACAUAAAGGUUACCCAUGUGACUUGGAAGGCUGUGAAGCUGUGUUCACCAAGUGGACUCUUCUCCAGAAACACAGAAAAACUGAUCACCAGAAGCAGUUUCCGUGUCCUUCAUGCGACCGGGUGUUUUUCACCAAGUGGAACCUGGUCACUCACAUGGAGACACACAGCACCGACCGCGAGAGCUUCUGCUGCCCUCACGAGGGCUGCAGCCGUUUUUACUUCCAGGAGAAGAACCUCCGGCAACACAUUUCGAGUGCCCAUGAAAACAAGCGGUUCUCUUGCGAUGCUCCAGGGUGUACACGAACCUUUUUCACCAAGCAAUCAUUGAAGAAGCAUGAAGCAACUCAUGACCCAAAUAAACCUCUACCUCAAAAGAAGCCCAAAAAAGCCACAACGAAGUGCCGCCGAAAAAAUGUUUUCACCAAGAGUGCAGCAGCCAUCUUGUCAGGGCAUACACCACCACCUGAAUGUGAGAAGAGACUUCUGUCACUGUGCAUCGGAUCAGCUGACGAAACGGAGUUAAGGCAAGAGCAAAAAGACGGGGAGUGCACUUCGCAGUCUGAAAAUCCCGUAACCAGCCUCUUAAGGACGUGCCGAGAGCCGUCAUUCAGCACGGACAAAGACUCCGACGAUGCAGUGUCACUUCCAGAGGAUUUCACUCGGCACGCCUGCGUGCCUCUUGCCGACAGCCUGGCCGGUGGCGUAGAGCAGCCAUCUGCGCAGAACGAAUCAUUGGAGCUGCUGCAUGCAGUGCCAGAAGAUCUUGCACAAUGUAGGUCGCAACCGUCCAGCCAAGAAUUGUGCAAGAACAUCGAAGUAAUGCCGCCGGCAACAGAGACAUGCGUUUCUUUGACGGACACAGCUCACGGAAGCCUUGUCGAUUGUGGACCGAGUUCUGCGUUCAGUGAAAUUGCAAGUGAAUUUGAACAUGGGCAUGAGGACAAUUUUUCAAUGCCUUCAGUAAAGGUGCAGCGGGUAAGUGUAUGAGCAGGUGAAAGAUGCUUGGAACCGAUGCGCUGUGUGAGCAACUGCUGCAGAUUUGUACGUCUUAUUCUGUUUUUUAUGUGACAAAGUAUACAUCCCUGUUUAUAUAAGAGGGCAAAAACAUUUGUACAAAUUCCCUUUGCUAUGGUGCAAUAACUUUCUUUUACUAACGUGCAUUUCACUAUGUACUGCUCUGCGUCGACUUUGUGUCUUUUACUCAGAAUUAUAUUCUGUGUCUGUGCCAUAUUUCACAUCAUCAUCACCCCUUGACCGGGCAGAUGGAUGUUUGGAAUUGUGCUGUGCUAAGUAUGUUAUGGUGCACAGAGGGAGUACAUACCCAGUGUGCUAGGCCCUGCCUUUUAAGAAAACAGCCAACAUUGAACACAGUUUUCUGUUUUUCGUGAUGUUACUAUGAAAUGCAUGUCUUAAUGUUGACAUUGUAGCCUCAUAGUAUAAUUGUUACGAUUGAUAGAGAAGAAGAAAUUGUGAAACAUAAUAAAAUACUACAAAGUUACCGCUUUAUAAUGCUUUCCUC